AAAACACAGCAAUAAAAAGUCCUCGUAGCUCUCACCAUCUUCCACCCUAGGCAAAAUGUCUUUUUAAUUUAUAUAUCUUCUCACUGUAAAUAUACAAUUUUGAUCACUGUACUGAUAGAAAGGAGAGACAAUGAUUUGAUAGUGUCAGAUACUCAAUGGGAUCAGUCUUGAUCUAACGUUUAAGAUGUCCCAAGCUGAUGUCAAUUACAGCUGUGGCUCUUGCGGAUAUCAUCUCAACUUAGUAUCUUCUAACCGUGUAACUACUGGCAUUGGUUCUGAGUAUAGUAAAAAGAUAAAGAAAGGUUUUAUCUCCUUUACGUCCAUUGACCUCAGUCGGUAUACUCAAGUUGAUGAAGUAAAUUGUUUUCCUAUUUCUUUGGGCCGUAAUCGUUCAAAAACAAAACUGCUUUGUCGGAAUUGUGGAGUUAUAAUUGGUUAUGGGUAUGGAGACUCUUCUGCUCUAUGUGGUUUUCACUCACCUAGCGCAACUAGCCCAUCCUUCAAAAAGAUUAUGAUAAAGAUCCGAGCUUUACAGCCUUUAGAGGAAUGCUAAUUUCAGCAAAAAUGGAGAAUAGUUCUAUGGACUACUCUACUACCAUCUUGCAACUUCCUAAUGAUUGCUUAUGUUUGAUUUUUCAACACCUUGAUUGUAGCUGUGACCGUGAAUCAUUUGGCCUGAC